AAACAGCUGUAAUUGUUUGUGUCUUCUUCUUUCUUGACUUCCUCUUACUACAAAAGACAAAGUCAUGAGAGAAGAGAACGCCGGUGGGAAUUGAUUCGAGCUGAUAAAAGCAAGGGUUUAAAUUGACUGUUUCGAAAAGUAAGGGCGAAGAAAGUGAAUCUCCAAAAGAGACAAAAAGGAUCAAAUUCUGAUUCUUCUUCCUCCUCCUCCGAUUCAAUUCGUCUUCCUUCUUCUGAUUUUCACUCAUCUGCUCGAAAGGGCAGUGCUUGAGAAUCAUUUGAAGAAGGUGAUUGGUCCUCUGUUGCCCUUUUGUAAUAACAAUAUAUCUGGAACUGGGAACAGACGCUGCCCAUUUUAUCAAAGUCCAAAACUUUUAUUUGAGACGCUCAAGAACUUGGGAGUACUGUAACAUGCCGUAUUAUAUUCAGAGACUUUUCAAUACUUGCAAGGCCUCUCUGUCUACUAAUGGACCUGUGUCUGAGGAUGCCUUAGACAAGGUUCGCAACAUGUUGGAGAAAAUCAAGCCGUCUGAUGUUGGUCUCGAACAGGAAGCUCAACUUGUGCGCAACUGGUCUGGUCCUGGGAACGAUCGCAAUGGAAACCAUAAUUCUCUCCCAGCCAUUAAAUACCUUCAAUUACAUGAGUGUGACAGCUUCUCGAUUGGAAUUUUCUGCAUGCCACCGUCGUCUGUCAUACCUCUCCAUAACCAUCCAGGCAUGACAGUGGUAAGCAAGCUCGUCUACGGUUCGAUGCACGUGAAGUCAUAUGAUUGGGUUGAGUCUGAUCCAUCAGAGCUAGACGAUCCAUUACAGGCAAGACCUGCAAAGCUGGUCAAGGAUACUAACAUGACGGCUCCUUGCCCAGCAACCACGCUUUAUCCAACAACUGGAGGCAACAUCCAUUGUUUCAAAGCCAUUACUCAUUGUGCAAUCUUCGAUAUCUUAUCUCCUCCUUACUCUCCUACUCAUGGAAGACACUGCAACUACUUCCGCAAAUCCCCAAUCGCUGACUUGCCUGGUGAGAUUGAAGUGAUGAAUGGAGAAGUGAUAUCAAAUGUGACAUGGCUUGAAGAGUAUCAGCCUCCAGAUAACUUUGUGAUAUGGAAAGUUCCUUACAGAGGUCCUGUGAUUAGAAAAUGAGACAUUAUAAAAAGGCUUUAAGAGCAGAAAGAAGAAAAAGUUUUAUCAUCUGGAGAAUAAAAUUGGUGAACCAUUCAGAAUGCUUGCUUGCUUUGUGGUCAAGAAGUUCUCAGUGACCACAUUGAGUUUCAGCCUGUUUCAUUAUAUGAUAAUGUUUUACUACUACAUACAUCUUUACUAGUUCAAUAUGAUAAUAGUUUUUGUUAGAAUAAUUGCUCACAAACGAUGUAUUUAGUUUCUUAAAUUCUUAGUUUCACCUA